AUGAAGGCAAAGCAGAUAUUGAACAGCUGCUUCAACUGGGUAAUUUCAUGUACUCACUAAAGUGGAUCCCAGGUGUCUGUGGUACUUACCUUUUAUAAUUUUUUGAACUCUGUUGAUCUUGGCUUGUUCCAAUAAUUUUGAUUUGUAUCCCAGUGACUGGGUAUGACUCUCUCUCUUAGCAACCUUGAGUAACUUUAACUAGAAGUAGGGAGUUUCCCAGCAACCAGGUGGAAUUCUUAGUCUUUUGGUGAGCUACUGCAAAUGAUGGCCUAUCUUACUUGCGGUGUGUGUGCACUGGGUGGUUAUAUAGAGGAAUGAAUUUUGCUUUUAGUCUGAACCUAUGUUGAUUUCUAAUUACUGUAUCUGGUUAUGUAAUUGUCAGGCAGAUAAGGGUCUGGAGCAGUUUCUUUACUGCUCUUCUGACUGGACACUCUUCUAGCUUCUAGUUUCAGUAUUCUUCUGACUGUAGUUUCCUCUAUCUGUUCUUGUAUGUUGCUGUCCUUAUCCUAACUGGCUUUCUUUAGUCUCCAUUAGAAAAGUGGUGUCCUGUUUCUUUGGGCAUUCUGGUAAUUUCCUUGUGUGUAGUCUUGAUCACAUUUCAUUUUAACUUCUAUCUGUGUACCAGAUCAGUUCUUGAUCAGAUCUAAAGCCUGUACAAUAGUGAUCAUCAGGGAUGGCUUUCUUUGUUGAUGAACAUCCACUCUGCUCAGCAUUCCUUUCUCAUCAACUUUCAUAAGUUCAUUUUCUUUAGUGUGGCUCUGGCACCAUCAAUGUUUACAAGCUCAUCAUUUGUGGAACCAGAAGCACCUGGCAUUCCAGUGAAGGAAAGGGUGAAAGUCUCUCAGAACUGGAGGCACGGACGCUGCCGGAGGGAAACAGUCCUGAAAUGGAAAUGCAAUUUGAUGCCGUGGAUGGAGCUGGAUGGCCAGUAUCUCUACCUGUCUCAAGCCGAGAACAUCCAGGCCUACCAACUCUGUCCAGAUGGUACAGGUUUGCAGCGUCACCCUCAGGCUAUCUUCUCUGGCCACCAGGAGGACGUAUGUCGCUUUGUUCUUGUCAACUCCCACAUCGUCAGUGGAGGGGGAGAUGGAAAUAUUGUCAUUCACAAGAUCCACGGCUCCUACAGCGUCAAGUUCUCUGCACACGAACAAGAGGUGAACUGUGUGGACUUCCAAGGUGGCCUCAUUGUCAGUGGCUCCCGGGAUAGAACAGCAAAGGUUUGGUCCCUGUCCACGGGCAGAGUCGGACAGUGUCUACAUACAGUGCAGACAGAGGAUCGAGUGUGGUCCAUUGCUAUCAGCCCGUUAUUAAGCUCAUUUGUGACAGGGACGGCCUGCUGUGGACACACGUCACCUCUGAGAAUCUGGGACUUUGAGAGCGGUCAGCUGUUAACCUGCUUAGGGACUGACUUUCAUCAUGGAGCUGGAGUUCUUGAUGUCUUCUAUGAAACACCCUCCCUUCUCCUCUCAUGUGGGUAUGACACUUACAUCCGCUACUGGGACAUACGGACCAGCACCAGAAAAUGUGUCCGGGAGUGGGAAGAGCCCCAUGACAGCGCCUUGUACUGCAUAAGGAGCGAUGGGAACCAUAUGAUUGCAAGUGGCUCUUCCUACUACGGAGUGGUGCGCCUCUGGGAUAAGCGGCAGACUCAGUGCCUGCAGAGCUUUCACCUGUCUUCACCCACCAGCAGCCCAGUGUACUGCCUCCGUUUCAGUACCACUCAUCUGUACGCUGCCCUGGCAUCAGCCUUGCACGUCCUUGACUUCACGGCCCCGUGAAGGGCACCUUAACUGCUUCUGGUCGCCCCAGCUCAGCAAAGUUGACACUUGGCUCAGGGAAAAGCAGAGCAGGAGAGGUGAGAGUGGCCCCCAAGGCGUCUAUAGAGAUUCUUUGCCUGCCAGAAAGCUAUGUUGAAGAGUCCAGAAGGGGCAAGGCUUUCUCAACUUCAUCUGCCCCUUAGUGGAAAUAAAGGCCAAUUGUCCUUUACUUUUUUUUUUAAUUUUGUGCAAGUCAGGGUUUGUAAUAUUAUCUGAUUUUUUUUUGUUUUGUUUUGUUUUUUUGUUCUUUUCUUUUUUUAAACUCUCCUGUGGAUAUGUUUGAGGGGCAGGUUGAGCCAGAAUGCCCUAUCAGCUUGUAUGCUGGUCAGGUUGAGAUCAGCCAAACUCUGAGCCACGUGAAGCAAGUCUGUGUGUUGGGUACACUAAUUUGGCGGAAGGGAAGGUGCCCAGAGCAGGGGCUCCUUUUCACCUGUGCUUGCUCUCUUGACAGCUGCUUGUGCUGUUCUUUGCAGCCAAGAGGAAGAAUUGAGCUAAAAGGCAGAGCCAGCCCUGCUUUCAGUGUAUGCCUCCCCAAGCUGGCCAUCAGGUCAGGCAGUGCACUUGGCAGGGCUGAAACAGUUGUAUUUUGCUAAAUAAAACUCUGAAGGGAAACAGAA